UUUUUAAAUUAGAUGAUGGAAAAUAUGAAAUUAAAAGAGGGAGAUUUAGUGUGUUUAAAGAAUGUUUCUCUUCGAAGAGCAAAGUACAUAAAAUUACAACCACACAGCACUGACUUUUUGGACAUUUCAAACCCAAAAGCAAUUUUAGAGACCACACUGAGAAAUUUUACAUGUUUAUCAACUGGAGAUACUAUCAUGGUAGCUUAUAACAACAAAAAAUAUUACAUAAAUAUCAUUGAAACAAAGCCAUCUCAUGCUGUGAGUAUUAUUGAAACGGAUUGUGAGGUAGAUUUUGCUCCUCCGUUGGACUACAAGGAACCCGAAAGGCCUAUCGAACAUGUUUCUUCAAGCAAGUCUUCUACUCAAGAUGAAGAGGUUCCUGCUAAAGAAGAACCUAAAUUUAGCCCUUUUACCGGGUUAGCAAGGCGCUUAAAUGGAAAGCCUUCAACUAGCGAAAUUGCAACCACUUCUUCUUCCGAGUCAAAAGACAAGCAAUCUGAUGUUGUUGGGCAUGGCAAGUCGAAACAGCCUUCUGUAGGGUCUAGUUCUCCAUCGCUUGCUCGUAAAUCUCAAGGAAAGCUUGUUUUCGGGUCAAAUUCCAACCGUAUGCCUACACAAAAGGAAACUCCUAAAGAAUCGAAAAAGGAAGAGGCAGAGAAGAAACCCGAGCCUAAAUUUCAACCUUUUACCGGAAAGAAAUACUCAUUAAGAGGCUAAAGCUCAAGAUAGACAUUCAAAGUAGAAAAACAGUCAAAACACUUAGUAAAGUUAGUUGAUUAGUUCGUUAGUUAGUUAAUUAGAAGAGAUUUGUAUUUAUUGAACAAAACACAAUCAUUAAUUUAUUGUUUUAUUUAUUUAUUUAUUCAUUAUUAUUAUAAUAGAACAUACUCAUAUGGAUUUAUCACGUUGAACA